GUGUCUUUUGAACCUUUGAUAAAGAAAUUUUGUAAAAACGCAUGAACAAAUCAUGAUACAUAAAUUACGACAAAACAACGUUCAUCCACUCUCGUGAGUUCUUGACAAUUAUUAAUUGGCCAAAGAGCAUUGUCCUAAAUUUAGAUCGCCUGCCACGUUUUAACGAGUUUGAUAGACUUCUUAUCGGAAUGUAUUUUCCUGCGUCACAGAUGAAUAAAAACUGCUUGUUUCAUUUUCCUGUUAUACAUUUUGCAUCAGUAGCGCGACUCAAGACUCGAUAAUGACGAUUGCAUCGCAAAGUAUAUCCUAUCUUAAUGAUGUUUCCAAUGAAGCAAAGAAAAAUCGCUCGUAUCAAAGUGGUGGAAAUAGUCUUUUCGUCAAUGAAAAAGCGUAUGAGAUUAAUUUGAGUGAUUCUGAGGAGAGCAAAAACGCGCAACUUCUUUCAAUACCGCAGGCGAUGUUUUUAAUGGUGAAUUCAACUUUAGGUGCAGGCUUGUUAAGUUUUCCUAUAGCUUAUAGCUAUGCUGGAGGUGCUGUACAAGGACUUCUACUACAAGCGGUGUUUUCCUUAAUCUCGUGUGGCUCAUUGACGAUAAUUGCUUAUUGCCGACAAUUGAAUGACACCAAGAGCUAUGACGAGACUGUUCAUGUUUUCUGUGGACCAGUCAUGUGGAUCAUAAGUCAAAUAUUUUUGAUUAUACACUCUUUUGGUUCGGAUGUGACGUACUUGGUGAUUAUUGGUGAUCAAUUGACCAAAAUUGUUGCUUUCACAAACACCUCAGAUUGGUACAUCGACAGAAAAAUCUUGAUGACUCUCAUUGCAUGUGUUUGUAUAUUGCCUUUAUGCAUUCCAAAACAAUUGAAAAUUCUCAGUUACUCCAGCAUCUUAGGUGGCUUUGCUGCCGUUUUUAUUUCGGUGACAAUCUCGUCAAAAUUUUACUCGGAAAAAUACACGUUCAUCGGAUCGUCGUCACCGUACAAUUGGUCUAAUAUCCAAGGAGCUUUACCAAUCAUCUGCUUUGGCUUACAGUGCCACAUACCGUCAGCCUCUGUGUAUGGCGAGGUGCGCCAGUCGAAUCUAAAACGUUGUUCAAUGGUCAACUUAUUAUCAUCAAUGAUAUCUUUUACAGUCUAUGCUGUAGCGGGCUAUUACGGUUUCAUGACAUUUGGCUACUCAGUCAAAAGUGAUAUUUUGUUAAACUACGAUCCGCGUGAUGUUUUUGCAACAUUGGCACGUGCGUUCAUUGUGCUUAUAAUGAUUACAAGCUUUGCCAUUUAUCUAUUUGUUGGAAGGUAUGCCUUGAUGGGUCUUUGGGGCAGAUUUCGUCGACUGACACCAGCUGAAAAUCAUAAACCUCGGCGACGUGUUGUCGUUUCUGUGUUUUGGUUUUUUUCCUCACUUGGCUUGGCGUUGUUAUUUCCAAAUAUUGGAAAGGCUCUUCAGUUUUUUGGUGGAGUUGCCGCCCAUUUUAUGUUCACUUUUCCAGGUUUGUUUCUGAUUCAAGGCAUCUUGUAUUUUGAACAAUCACAAACAACGUUCAAAAAAUUUGCAUUUCUUACCAUUGGCGCCUUCUAUGUCUUUUUUGGUGUGGCUAUUUUUUCGCAAUCUCUGUGCUACGCUAUCAUGGACGAAUUAAGUGGAUGAAAAUGCAUUUUAAAAUUUGAACAUUCGCCCAUCUGCGAUCGUGAGGACACCCAAUGAAGAAAACUAAAUGAGUUCUGUAAAAUAUUCAAUUAAAAAAAACUGACGAAUGUCUGAUACUAAAUUGUUUGCCAACAAGUAUAGAAAGUAUUCACAAGACAAGAAAGUUUGUUUCAAAGAUAAUCAAAUCAUGUAAACAUAUAGUGUUAAAAAAUGGACAUAGCCUACUUGCAUGAAAGGAACAGUAAAGUAAAUGUAACAACACGUGCUCAACUGUAACGAUACGAAAACUAGAAAAAUUAAAUGUAGUAAAACAAUA